UACAACAAUUAGCGAUACGUAAUCAGUAGGUACCUAAUCGCUAAUUCAAAGGAGCCAGUUUACGAUUGUCAACUAUUUAAGCAGUUUGUAAAAUGGCGGAGAAAAUAAAGAAGAAACCAGCUCUGUUCUCUCUGAAGAGCUUUAGGAGUGUGAAAGAUGGUAAUGUGAGCCCUAAGACUCCGUCUACACCUAAUGGACAGGAUGUGAAGUUUUUUUCAUCGAAUUCAAACAAAUAUGCGCAAAAUCUGGAGCCCCGGCCUCGAGCGGCAUCAGCAGCAGGGAUCAAGGAGUUGGUCCAAUGCUCGCUAUGCCUGGAGGUGCUCCACAAUCCGAAGAUGCUGCCGUGCCAGCACACUUUCUGCAUGGCUUGCUUGGCAGUGUAUGCUGGAAAUUCACCUAUCUUAGAGUGCCCAAUCUGCCGGACAAAAAUUCACGUCACCAGCCCUAACUUCAUCAAUGACCUUCCUUCCAACCUGUACAUAGACUCGUUGCUUCAACUAGUCGGAAUAAGCAAUGGAAGUGAAAAGGCUGUCACUCCGCCACAAACGCCUAUGGUACCAGGAAUGCAGAGUGUGGAACUGUACGCAGCUGGAGUGAGGUGUUUUCAGUGUCAGACUAUGUGUGAUAGCGUUGAUACCACCGCGUGUGAGCACUGCAAGCUGAAUUUCUGCCGUGUCUGUUGGUCUCAGCAUUUGGAUGACAUGCGGACCCAAGUUGAAUCUAUUCUCAAGCAGCUGGAAGCGGCUUCUGAAAGGAUGGAACAUAAAGUGGAAUAUUACAAGGACCGCUGUGAACGCGUAACUGAACAAAUAGUCAUCACUGCGGACGAAAAAAUAGAUGCGAUCAUCGAAAGUAAAGACAAGUUACUCAAGGAAGCUUCAGAACUUCAAAAAUGUGGGGAAAUGUCAGCUUUAGCUCUUAAGAGCUCUUUGAGGGAGGCCCGGGAAGUAGCGAAGAGAACUAUGUCACUAAAGGAGCAUGUCGAGGAAAAAACGAAGGUAACCACCUACAUGAACCUGCACCAUAAUGCCGUCCAGCUUCUGUCUGACGUUUCCAAAUGGGACUCAGAGCGAUUCGUUUUCGACAAGGAGAACUUCCGCAUAGAAAUGGAUUCGGCUACUCCGCUGGAAGCUGAGUCUGAUGACCCGGUGCCCACGGCUGGUCGGCAGAACGAUCCGUUGGAAAGUGAAGAGAGCUUGGUGUUACAUUACAGAUCCCGUAACUUCACCCCCCACUACGUCUGGCGUAAAACCGCGCGUCCCUGCGGCGUGGGCAUCAGUCCAUGGAACAACCAUCUUUACGUGUGUGGCAUGGAUACCCAUAGCGUGUUAGUUGUGGAACGAACCCAGGCCAAGAUAGUCACCAGGCUGACGUGUGAAGAAAUGUUGUGCCCGGUGCAUAUUGCCUUUAUGAAGAGCUUGGGAGAAAUUUAUGUCACAGACAAAUGGAAGCACUGUGUCCAUGUGUUCACGAAAGAGGGAGAAUACGCCCGCUCCAUCGGUCAGAAGGGCAGUCGGGUUGGCAUGUUCCGGUCUCCUGAAGGCAUUGCAGCCGACAACGCCAGUCAGCUGCUAUAUGUGGUGGACACUGGAAACGAUCGAGUUCAGAUCCUGCAACCCGACGGAAAAUUCGUCGAUCAAAUCGGCGUCACGACCAAGCUCCAAACUGUCUACACGACCAAAAACUUGGAGACGAAAGAAGUUACAGUCACAGAGUUGAACGCACCAACUAGCGUCGCUGUCACCAGCGACCGAGUUGUCGUACUAGACAGCGGGAAUAAACGAGUCAAAGUUUAUAAUAAAGCUGAUAAGAGUAAGAUCAAAGAAUUCGGUUCAGUCGGGCAAAGGAAAGGGCAAUUCCGACAGCCUGAAGUCUUAGCUGUGGAUCCUAUGGGUUUCAUUCUUGUAGGGGACUCUGGGAACUGUAGAGUGCAGGUGUUUAAGCAGAAUGGUCAGCUGGUGAGGGCUUUUGGUGGAUUGGGUACGGAUGCGGGGAAGUUCGGAUGGAUUUCUGGGAUCACAGUUAGUAAACAGUUGGAUAUUAUCGUUAGUGAUACGAAGAAUCAUAGCGUCAAUUUUAUUUAACUCUAGCGCUGUUGUAGCGUAUAUAUUCACGAUGCCAACAAUGCGAUACUAAUAUCAGAUUAUUCAGAUUUGUAGGUAUACUCACUCCGCUCAGAAAUUCUACAAAGGAAGAGAUUCACUUCUUCUGCUCUGCCGAGAAUGUAAGUGAUGUUGAUUGAUGAGAUUGUAAAUGAUGAUCUUGAAACGCCACCGAAACGCCUCAGAAAUGUAGUCUGGCUCUGUCGCGCCAAUACGCAAGAGCAAUAGAGAUAGAUAGCUACGAAAGAGAUAUUAUCGUGAGCGUUUCGUAAGCGUUUGUGCAUUCGGCUGCCCACACUGGUACGACGGUCUUUUCCACAUUGAACUUACAUAAUACUCAUUAUUGUGCUCCCAGCCUACAUGAGAAGGAGGCAACUAGUUGCUAAAGUGAGAUAGCGAUAUCUCACCGUCAUAGAUAGUUUUUGUUGUAGGAUUGAAGUAAAAACUUGCCUUGUGUAUAACAAUUUUUAUUUCAUAUGGAAACGUGUAGAUACAGAAAAUAAAUUUGCAUUAAUCUUAAAAAUAAUGUUUAAUAAGUGGGAUUGGAUGCAUUUAGUAAAUGAUAUUUUGAUGUUGGUCAUAGAAAAAAUAAUAUUUUUACUUACUAUCAAUUAAUACAAAAUUGACUAAAAGAACUAUUACCACUAAAAAGACUUAAAAUAGAUGCACUGAGAAACAAAAUCACAGAGAUUCGACUUACAAUUAAAUUAUCUAUAAUUUAGGCCCUAGGGCUUAAACGAUAUAUUUUUAACGUGACUAAUGUUAUAUAAUUCUACUAUAAUAAUAUUUGAGGGUACUUCCAGAUAUACCAGAGUCAAAAUUAUGUAUUUGUCGAAGAAGAAGUAAUAAUCAAACAGCAUUAGGCUGCCUUCCCACUCAAGCAGAAGUUAGAUUAAUUUCCCACAUGUCUGCUUCGUGUAAGUAGAAAGGUAGUCUUAUGUGCGUCUUACUAGCCGGUAUUAGGGUGAAAGAGAGAUCCGAUAUAUCUGCUUCAUAGAUGGUUUUGAUACUGGUAUAUUUCCAUGCUUAGAAAUCAUACAUAGCAUGUCUAACCCAUGGAACCAUGUAUAAUAUAAUAUGGAAGUACCCUCAAUAACGGGGCGUCCAUAUUGAAUCUGUAUUCUAACCUAAAAAUUGACCACAAGGAAUGUAUUCAAUAGCCAACUUUAGUAGCUGUAUGUGACAAUAUGGCGCCUCGUUAGAUAAAUUAUGAUUGGACGACACUUCUACAAUUCCGAUUCGUGUAAAUAUCUAAGGGUUUGCAACAUGGUUUGCCUAAUAGCAAGACAGGUUUAGAUCCGUAACAGACGGGCGUACCGAACCAGACCCACACAGGUGGCUUCAGAACGCCUGUUAGACCGAGUUGAAGGUCCAGCGUAUCCUGUACUGUAUCGUAUACGCGUGUUAAGCACGCAACUACGAGGACAUAGUUUGUCCGGUACGAGUGUCUGUUAUGUUUUAGAGAAUUAAUGGACAGACGUAAAGAUAAUUGAAUCUGUCUUAUUUUAGUUGAUAUCUUAACUUCUGUAAAAUAUAAACGUAUAAAUGUAAAAAUCGGACACCUGUAUAGCUAUACAGCAAACCAUGUGACCUCUAACAUUUAGAACUAAUAAAAUAUGAUAUAUAAUACAAAUUGUAUUUUAUUUUACUAACAGAUCUAUACAAAUACGAGACAAGUUACGGCAGAUACUUGCAAUACACGAGUGUUUAAAAAUAGGGCAACUCUUCUAUCUUUAUUUAAACCGAAAAAAUAUCAUAGCCAAUUUUAACCUAUGAAGGUCGUAACAAAAAAAUAUUUCGGAUCAAUUAAAAAUCCACAGAACUUGUAACAUCUUAGGUGUAGGUAUAAGUACCUACUAUAUUGACUUUAGUAUAAGCAUGACGGUAGGGCGAGUUUAUACAUCAGUGUGUCAGGAAAAUAAUAAGAUAACUAUUAUUUAAAACCAUCAUGUCUUUUCUCACACACGAUGUUGUAUGUGACAGUCAGACAGUGUGGGGCCACUAUAAUGGCUACACCACACUUUUAUGCACACGUGUGACCAAGGUCUUAGUUUUUCUAUUAUGACGAGAUUACAUUUUCUCUACUUAAUUAGUCAAACUCUUACAUGCUUACAAAAGUACAAACGCACUUUGGACUAUUUACAACGACUUAUUUUACGCAUAUUGGCUCCAUAGGUCUGAAAAAUUUCAGAAAAAUCGACCAAAUUUGAUUUUGAACUACGAGUAUGAACACGUCUUGCAAUUCUUCGCAAAAUUUAGGGCUGUCGCACACGCGCGUUUUUAAAGCGCUACCGUUUACAUUGGCUCUAAAUAUUUCAUGUUAACCGCUGAUCUUAUCUGCUUUGCAUUCUUAUGCAGCAAAAAGAUAUCAAGAUUUUUCCGCGGUACUUUCACAGAGUUAUAAACUGUGGGCAACUUCCGACUUUAGAUGUAUAAUAGAUUCAUCUUGUUUUAAUAAAUUGCACGAUUAUGCGAAUAUGUAGGACCUUGGGGUCUAGCCAAUACAAUAGUUCUACGAAAAACGCUCAAAUCAAAACCUAUAUGCACCGUAGAAUCAUAUUCAUAUAUUUAUAUUGAUAUAUAAAUAUCAGGUGAAUAUUUCCAUACAAUGUUUAAGUUACAAUUACAGUUGCUUAACGACUGUGAUUGUUAUAUUGGAUAGACUCCCUUAAACGUUAUCUGCAUACAAAAAACCCACAGUUCAUUAAUAUCAUAUGAAAUUGUUGUAUGGUUUCAUAUAAAAUAAUAAAAAAUAAUUAGAAUUCUUCACUCGUAAACAUUUGGUUAGCUAUGCCGUCAUGCAUGAAACUCUUAAAGCAUUCUACACGUAAUCAAACCACUAAGCGUUCA